AUGCUGGCCGCGUUCUGGCCUAAUUUGGCCGAGCCCAAAGCCUUCUUAGGGCAGCCUCCAAUACCACUUUCCGGGCGACGCGAAGAGGAAGAGGUGGAUUUGUCCUGUCAUUUUGUGUCAUGUAGAAUAAGUGUUCAGUCAGUCCAAGAGAGCUCACUCUGUAGGACGACUGUGGUACAGGCGACGCAUUCAGCUGCAAUGAAGACUGAAGCCUUACUUUCAGCUCAGCGACUGCCGAAGCGCCAUAAUGUCCUUCGAGCCAUAUCCAUCUGUACUGACCCUCCGUCUGAGCCGCCGACAACCUCCCCAAGGACGGUAUACCAAAAAAUGUUCAAUUGA